ACGAUACAUACGACGUUGAAUUUAUUCGUAGUGUUCGUGUUACUAAUGGAAAAUAUAAUAUUCAUCUUGGUUAUUUAAUUGCUAUUCCAAUUUGGCAAGACGCGUUGUUUGACCAGGUAUUUGAACCUGAAAGGAUUAUCAUGGGUGUUGGAUGA